GACGAUUUGUCAAACGUGGAGUUACCAUCUGAAGAUUUGUUUAUUGUUUUCUUGCUGAAAAAACUUGUUGGAAAAUCAUGAUAAUCGGGUUGAUAGCUAUCCUUGGAGCGACAAUCUUCUCAGGAAUCUGCUACAGAGUCUGGAAGAGAAGGAUUCGUGACCGGGAGAAACGUACUUCCCCUGUAAGACUGAUGGUCGUUCUGGGUUCCGGAGGUCAUUCCGGUGAGAUGCUAAAAAUUCUCCAGAAAAUGGAUUUCUCAAAGUACUCCCCAAGAUGCUACGUAGUUGCUCUUGGGGAUGAGUCCAGCUGCACUAAAGCUGAGGACUUGGAAAGCGGAAGCAAGGAUCACUUCAUUGAGAAGAUUUAUCGAAGCAGGAAAUUGCAUCAGAGUUACAUCAGUUCGAUUUUUUCAACUCUCUGGGCAACACGGCAGUGCAUCUCUCUGGUCUGGAAGUUCAGGCCAGAUCUUGUACUCUGCAACGGACCAGGAACUUGUGUUCCUGUCUGCAUUGUUGCUGCCCUCUUCAGCAUUAUCUUCCCAUCCCGAGAACACUGCAAAAUCGUCUUCCUGGAGAGUUUCUGCAGAGUCAGAAGCAUCUCUCUAACCGGAAAGAUUCUUCAAUACAUUGCGGAUUUAUUUGUGGUUCAGUGGCCAGAACUCGAGGGUAAAGACAAAAAAUACGUUGGAAGACUCUUUUGAAACCUCAGAAUAAAAUUCAUCUUUAUUAACAUGACAAAAAAAAUGUACAAUAGAAAGUAAGAAAAAUCCUCAGAACUGGAAUACAACUCCCGGGGCCUAGAGUCAAGUGUCGUUGAGGAUGUCUUUGAGGAUAGUGCUGGAGUUCCGUGGCGGGGAGAGGGCCUGAAGGAUGUUGUCAGAGAGAAGAAUGGGCUGAACCGGUGGCUGAGGAGUCGUUGAAGUUGGUUCUGGACUCUUGCUGGCCGGAGUUGGAGGCUUCUUUGAACUGCCUCCGGAAUGGCUGAUAUUCAGCAGGGAAGCGGAAGUUGGUGGCUGACGUGGCUGGGAUUCCUUCUCCAGGAACUUCACAAAGGCCUGCGCUAAUCCUUGGGUUUCGUCUCCUGGACAAGGAAUUAAAGAAAAAAAAUAUUAAAAAGACUUUCUUGUAGCCUUUGAAUAUUUAAAAUAAAAUUAAAUAUGUUAUCAUA